AUGAUAACAUCACCUAAGAUAACAGAUAGUGUUAGAUUGAAUAGUAAUGUUACUCCUACUUUAAAGAAUAUAACUGAUGAAUAUCAUAAGAAUAAAUCACAAAUGAAUGGAGGGAAUGAUAUAUCGCGCCGUCGAGAUCCACCACCAAAUUCAGUUAGAACUAAGAAUUUAGUUAAUAUUACGGUUGAUUUAAGUCAUAAAUUCAUCCAUCAUGGUAAAGCUCCUGGAACUAUUUUAGAAAUGAUUAAAUUUUAUAUUAAUCAUUUUUUAUUAUUAAGUUUAUUUUUUAUAAUUUCAAUUUAUAAGAAUUUUCAAUUUAUAUAUCGUCGAUUAUAUUUAAAAUUCCUUACAUUGACUUAUUAUCCUAAUAAAUCUCCACAAGUGAUUAGAGAAGAUGUAAGUAAACUAUCUAAAAUACCUAAAACUAUUAGUUGUCUUUUGGAUUUAAAAGAUGUUGAUGAUGAAAAUGGUGGAUUAGAUGGAUUAAUUAAUCAAGUUAGUGAAUUGUCAGCAUGGGCAAUUAGUUCUGGAAUUUCUGGGUUGAUAAUUUAUGAAUAUACUGGUGCAUUAACUCAUUCAGGUGAUACAUUAGCUAAAUUAAGUCGAUAUAUUUCCAAGAAUUUAACUUUAUAUUUUGGUAGUGAAACAAUACCUACAUUUUCAAUUAAAGUCCCUCAUAAAAAUUUAAUAAUUUAUAGUGAUUCAACAAUUAAUAAAUCUAAUGCAAAUGUUAAAGUAGAUUUAGAAAUUAGUUUGAUUAGUUAUAUUGAUGGGAAACCAACAUUAGUUGAAUUAACUAAAACAAUGAGUGAAUUAGCUAUUCAUAACGAAUUAUCAGUAAAUGAUAUAACUUCACAAUUAAUCGAUGAAGAAUUAAUGGAAUUGGUAGGUCCUGAACCUGAUUUAUUAAUUAGUUUUGCUCCAUCUUUAAAUCUUGAAGAUUAUCCUCCUUGGCAUAUUAGAUUAACUGAAAUUUAUUGGGAACCAGAUAAUAAAGAUGUCAAUUAUGCUGUUUUUAUCCGUGCCUUACAACAAUUUUCUAAUUGUAAGGUGAAUGUGGGUAAGUAA